CUCCCCAUCGCUCGAAGUUGUCUUAGACAGGAAAAAAGAUGGUUAAUUUCUCAAAGAAAAGGCAAAGCUAAACUUCUCACGUUUUUCAGAAUACCAACAACACAUUUAAAUCCACAGAAAAAGCACCAACCCAUAGUUCUUCGCAAGACACGCACGCUUCUAUCAAUUCUACAGGGCAUGUAUCAUAUUCACCUAUGUCUGUGAGCUCAAAUUUCACGCCCACCAAAAAGACAGACUCUAGCCAGUCUUUAGUACAGAUUCAUACGAAAGAACCUGAUCAUGGUCCAGAACAAGUGCAAGAUUCACCUUUCAGAUUUGACGUUGAGACUGCAGAUAGAUCCGAGAUCUGUGUCUCGCCAACAUGGAACAGCAAUUCUACAAUAAGAAAAGAAAAACGUGUAACAAAACGCCUAGAGGCAGAGAGAAGAGAGCUUGAAAAGCGCCUGAAAAACUUGGAGGAGGCAGAAUUGACAAGGAACUUGAUAUCUUUCAAAAGGGAAUCCCGCCGUCUUACCAAAAAGCAACCCAUGCGCAGCUCAAGCAGAGAUUCGAGCAUAAGUGCAGAUAGGCCUCGGUCCUCGUCCUCGACGUUUACAUCGUUCUUUUCGGGCGUAAGACGAGAAUCCCGAUCUUGUUCAAACUCUAUUAAUGGUUAUGGAAGCGAUAAAGCUCUACCUAGACACCAGUCGACUGGUUCGCCUAGGGAACUACAGAGAUGCGAUGACCCCGACACACAGCAUAGAGCUUCUUUGGCUUUGGCUCUACCCGAGCGGUUUGGGACAGCUAUCUCCAAAGAACUGGCCCAUAAGAACAACGCCUUGCUUUCGAGCUAUAUACCAUCGACAUCACCACAGAGAUCACUGCAUACGACCACGAAGUCUAUAGACGUGCGAGAAUGCUCAAGAAUAUCUCAGGGUACAGAAAUAUACGGAAAGGUUUUCCAAGAUGAUACCGAAGCCAUUUUCCCUGACAACACAACCUCCAUUUCAAAUGCCCAGUCAAGAGCAGAGGAUGAAAUCGGAAAGGCAUUGACAACAAAUAAUGCCUCGAAUGAACCAUUAGACUUAGACCGCACACUAUUCGCAGCAUCCCUUAGCACUGGGAAGAGGGCUUCUGGCAUCGGUCAUUUCCAUGUCGGCUCGUCUAUGGACACAACAUGUCAUUCACACGUGCCCCAAAAGAUGUCUAUACAAGAAGGAAAUAUCAAAUCAAACAUGGAAAGACCUUCGACAUCUUAUACAACAACCAGACUACAGAGUGGUUCUCAGGCACAGAAGGAUACAAAUAUCUCGAAAGAUACUUCUAAUUCUACGAGCAUGAAAACCCCGUCUUUUUCGACCGUCAAAGGCGGCUCACAAGGAAGUUUAUCCAUAAUGGAGUCUACUGAUGAUGUUUCCCAGAACCAUAAAAAAAAAUUCAGACCGUCCCCUCUAUCAGCAGUCCCAACCACCAAUCAUGGAGUUGACGUAAAUUUGGAGGCUAGGGGAACAAAUAUCCCGACAACCCCCAAAGGUUUAGACACGACAAAACAAGCGGGCACUGGACCGCCAACUUCUUCUAAUCUGUUCAAGUCUUCUUCCAAGUUUGCACAGCAAUUGGCAUCUCAGUAUUCUAAGGGAGAGAACCGAAAGCAUUUGGGCUCUUCAUUCAAUGAUUCACAGCCACCAGGGAAUGGUUCACGAGCAGGCUCAGUGACUGGGUCUUCAUGGCCUACCAAUGGGUCAUUGCAUACUUUUGGGCACCGGCUAAAAAACAAACCAGUAUAUUCAUUCGACCCAGACACAGAUAAAGGGGUACAAAGACCGACAACCUUGACAGGCUCACGGUAUUACACCUUGCCGAUUAGUGCAUGGAGGAUUUUCAGAAAUCGUAAUUAACGCAAAGCAGGCCAAGAAAUCGUUCGGUAGUAACGGCUUCUUCUAGAAGUCACAAAUCUGGCGUUCCUCGAGGAAUCCUCGAUUCUAGUUGCCAAGAUGCAUCUCAGUCUUUGGGACGCGUUCCACGACACAUAACCCUU